UAAAGCUAUAAACAACAUUAAAAUCGUUCUAUGUGCCCGGAACAUCAUAAUAUCGAAAGUUACAAACUAUUUUUAACAACAUUUUAAAUUUGAACGUGGCGGGUCCUCUGCACAGGAUAAGGGCUAUGACGAAAUUUAUAGAUAUUGGCGCUAACCUACUGGAUGCAAUGUACACAGGGGUGUACAAUGGCAGUAAGAAACAUGAACCUGAUUUAAAGGACGUUUUACACCGCUCUUGGAGUAAUGGAUUGAAUAAAAUUAUUAUAACAGCCGGAAAUUUAGAGGAAAGCAAAAAUGCGUUAUCAUUAUCUACAAGUGAUGAAAGGCUAUACUCCACUGUGGGUUGCCAUCCCACACGCUGUUUGGAAUUUGAGGAUAAUCCAGAGGAAUAUCUGGCGCAACUGAAAGAUGUAGCGUCUGCCAAUAGGAACAAAAUUGUAGCCAUCGGCGAAUGUGGCCUUGAUUAUGAUAGAACACAAUUUUGUCCUAUUGAUGUGCAAAAGAGGUACUUUGAAAAGCAGAUCCACCUGGCCCAAUCUCUAAACCUACCUCUAUUUUUGCAUUGCCGAAACGCCGCAGAUGACUUAUACGCUAUACUAUCGAAGUAUCAGAAUUUGAGAGGGGUCGUUCAUUCAUUCGACGGAACAAUCGAUGAAGCGAAUAGAUUUAUGGAACUGGGCUACUACAUCGGAUUGAAUGGCUGUUCUUUGAAAACUAAGGAAAAUUUGGAAACUGUCGCUCAGUUGCCUAGCAAUCGAGUUUUGUUGGAAACCGAUUGUCCGUGGUGUGAAAUUCGACCUACACAUGCCGGAUACGGUUAUGUAAAGGAAGAAAAUCGUAGCCAUCCAAGUGUAAAGAAAGAGAAGUGGAAGGCCGAUUGUUUAAUAAAAAGCAGAAAUGAGCCGAUGAAUAUAAGGCAAGUUUUGGACGUACUUGCGGCAUUAAAAAAAGAAGAUCCAUCGGAAAUCGGUGAAGUAAUUUAUCGCAAUUCAGAGGAACUGUUUUUUGAGAACGGCAAAAAGUAGUCACUUUCUGUACGCUUUUACAUGCGCAUUUUCCAAAGAAGCUCUGGCGCUUAAGCCAAGAAAAAUCUUGACGAUUAAUAUGCGCAUGCGCAGGCUGCGCAAUAUUAACUUUCCUAGCUGUGGAGAUAUUUCUUUGUAAUUUUAACCAAAAACAUAAUAUUGCAUAUUGUAAACACCAGGUGCGCAAGAUGCUUCCAUUUAAGGACCAGCAUGUCACAUAUUGUAAAAAUUAUGUAUGCGCACAUAGCAAUGGCCUUUUGAAAAGUACUGAUCAAUGCACGGAAAGUUACUUGACUUAGGGCGAAAACCUUUACUACCUUACCUACAAUUGCAGGAUUAUGACGAUAAAGGCCUCCUACCAAUAUUACAUCCUUUUCAGAGCAAUUUUUAAUUUGAAUGGAAAAUGCUUCAUAAAUAAUACCAGCGUUAACAACAAAAGCUUUCCAUGUAAUGGCGAUCCUCCUCCUUCUUUUCUAAACUGGUCGAUUGGCAUUGAAAAUUCUCCAUUCGUUGAUCAAAUGAAGAAACACUCUUGGAACAAUAUUUAGCACUAUUUCCACCAAAUACAACUAAUUGGGCGCCACAAAAAUUUACGUCGUGCUUGUUUUGCCUGGGUUUACAGGUCUCUCUUAAAUGUGAAUUAAUGCGCGCAGUUGUCCCAUUUACCCGCAAAACCGAAUCGCACGCCUAUAAUUUCGUUUAAAUUUCAAAAUGAAACGUUUGGUACUGCAGAUUCUAUACAG